CUAACCUCAAUAAAUUCGAGUAUGUGCUUUCAAGGGAUAUCAAAGUUUCGCAGAAAAAUCGUCUUCCUCCUGCUCCUGUCAUCGAUAAUAAUACAUUAUCUGAAAAAUCGGUUGUGCCCUUCCGUGAGUUCCUUGACUGACUACAAAAAAUGUCCUGCCUGUUACGGUUCGUCUGCAUGUCCCCAAGUUCUAACAGGAAACAUCAAAAUCAAACCAUUCGAUUUUCAUUCAAUAAUGGCCCACAUUUUUCCAUCGAAAAAUGUUUUCUUCGGUGAAUUGAAUGACCAGAAAAUUGUUAUUAAACAAUUAGCUCACGACGAGGAACUCGAGGCCUUCGAUGAAAUGAUAUGCAAAGAGGGCUUGGAUUGUUGCGUUACAAGAGACUACAACAAUGAGAAUGCCCACAGUAUCGAUUAUUUAUCGCGUAUCUUGCACGACGUUACCUCCGAUUUUAUUAGUGACGAUCAAAGUGGUUUGAUAAUCUGCCCAAAUUCGACAGAUACAAUAUUUUUCGAUAAACUGAGGCGAUCGAGUCACUUCAGCGACUCCAAUCUCUGGACGCUAGUCCGGAUAAACCCGGAGCCAAUAAUUCUCCAGAUACUGCGAGCGGAGGAGGGCUGGCCAGUGCCCCGGUACUACGGUGCUUGUGGGAGAAUAGUUAUCGAGGAGUACGUAGGCCUCCCAUUACCAGCUUAUUAUCAUGCCCCCUGGCUUCUCAGAGCUAAAAUCGCUGUGGGAUUACUGAGAGCCGUGCAAAUGCUCACUUUUCAUGAUCCUGAGUUCUCAUUUUAUCUCACUGACAUGUCCCCCGAUAACAUCGCUAUUAACGAUGAAUACAAACCGAUUUUUGUUGAUUUAGAGCAUGUGAUUGUUGUCCACAAAAACAGUUUUCCCAACGACAGCACCAAAGACUCUGAGCAAUUGCAUGAAACCGAAGAGACUGUAGAUUGCAAAAAAUGCUUCGUAUUUUCCCCGUUAGAAAUCUGCAGUCACCGAAUAAGCGAUCACAAUUACUACGCCGUCUGCAAGCACAUACUGUCCCCCGAAUCUAGUACAACGACAAUCUCCGGUGGUUUCCUACACGAUGUGCCAAAAGAUAUUUCAAGUCGUUACCCAGAUUUGAAAAUAAUGUUAGACGAAUGCUCGGUGCCAUCGGCCGGUCAAACGCGAAUAGAAACGGCUGUUAAACUCAUCGAAUUGUUGGAAAAAAUGUCAUGAUUAACAACGUGAUAAUGCGAAGUUUUAUUUUUAGAAACAUCUUUUCCAUAUGCAUGCAGUGAAAAUGGUUGGAGAAUAAAAUUGAAGAGAAUAUAUUAUUGAUGCGAUUGGAGCCGCGCCCGGAUCCAUCUCGUACUUCUGCAACCAGUGUUCAACUCUCUAAACCGGUUUUCACGAUGUUUUUUUUCUCCUUCUCGCUUCGUUUUAUGUGAUUUUUCUUCAUCCCACUCUCUCGUCUCUCUCCUCCAUCUUCAGCGCUGUGAUUUUACUAUUUUAUUGUUGUCGUUACUAUUAUGUAGGGAAUGAGUUCAUGAGGAGUUAUUUUAUUACACAAAAGACAUUUAUUUUUCUCAUCAUAAUAAACAAAAUUUAUUCAUCAAAUGUCUUUCAGCACUUGAAAAUUCCUACAAGUGAACAUUACGAAUUAAAAAUAGCAUCACAUAGUGGUGUAGUUCAUAAUACAAAAUAUAUAUUGCAAAAGUCGAUAAUUAUUACAUUGUAAUAAAUUGUUUAUGGUUCUUUAUAAUCUUAUUUACUCAGUUAUUGGUUUGAACAAUUGCCAGUGGCAAUUGUCUGGUCUGAUAGUUGUUUAAUCAGUUAACUAGAAGCUUGGUGCGAAAUAUAAACAAUACUGUCAUGAAUUUAUUGCGAUUAAUCUAUUGAUUCAAUACUUGAAAUUGCAAUAACGGCUAAAAUGAAUUCAAUGGAGAAAUGAAAUUUGUGUUUGCGAUUAUUUACAGACAAUUACGAGUGUAACAUCGGUGGGAUAUGUAUGAUACAGAUUCAUCUUUUAUUAGUUAGGUUUCUAAACAAAACUGUCUAAUUACUCGGACGAAUAUACUCAAUUGAUUAUUAACUACGUGAAAAAAUUAAAUACAUAUUUUUAUAUCAUUUUCUUAUUUCUUUUCUCUCUUUCUCUCUCUCUUGACUCUAUAUUUUUCAACUCAGUAUAAAAUAUAACGUAAUCAUAGCUUUUUUUAUACUCUGUCUAACGACUACUUAUGUAUUAAUGAAGAUCACAUGCAUUUAUUCUUUACAAGUUAAAAACUUAUCAAUGCAAAUAUU